UUAGCGGUAAACAUGACUCGCUUACGUUACGGCAUUUUGGUGUUCCUCGCUAUUUUUUCUAUCCUUGUGUCAAAUUUAAAAGCGGACGGUGAGAACAAUUCGCCUCAGGAAAACUUGGUAAAAAGACAUGCAGAGCCAGGGACAGAAGAAGACGAGCUUUUUGAUGAUAUUUCAGCGGAAGACACUAAAGAAAAAGUUACUAGAGUGAAAAGAUCUCACUUCUGGUCUUGGACGAGCCGGAGGAGGUCCACAAACAACCGGUAUUUCAAAACAAGGCCUCAUUGCGAGCACGAAGAUCAUGAACACUUUAGAACCCGUUGUUGCUCAGGAAAAUUCAUGGACAACAUUUUAUUACAGACAUGCUGUGCUGGACGCAUCGUAUAUAAAAAUAUGGUGCCAUCUUUCUGUCACACGCAUUAUGGGUGUGGUCGUUUCUGGUUUGAUAGCAACCGCCAAAAGUGCUGCUAUCGUUCCAAAGGCGUGGACUGUCAAGAUAUCCAACCAACGUGUGGUUUGACACCAUUCAACCAGACAGUUCAGGCGUGCUGUAGAGGCCGAUAUUUGUAUGUGAUAAAAAACCAGAAAUGCUGUUACGGCCGUGUGAUCUCCAGAGGGAGAACCUGUCGACUUUACAAUAGAUAAAGCACCAGUGAGCGAGUAUCCUAGAAUCAGAACAAAAAUUACCUCAACGAGAAAUAUCAUCAUGGAUCUAGGGACAAAUCUAAACUCAACACAGCAAAUAAGUAAACCAGACCCGGAGUUAGAAAACGCGAGUGACCAAAUUGAGAUUGAUUUUUGUAUUUCUUUUGAUGUUUUAUUAAUUUUAGAGUCUU